AUGGAUCUCGGCACCGUGCUCCGCCGCCUUGAGCGCCGCCGCUACGUCUAUCCAACUGCGUUCGCGGACGACGUCCGCCUCACGUUCCGGAACGCCUUGUCAUAUAACAACCAGGGCGACCCCGUUUACGAGAGCGCCGCCGAGCUCUCCGGGAUAUUCGAGGCCAGGUGGGCUUCCAUCGAAGCGGAGCUCCCGCACCCGCUCCCGCCAGACGACGAGCACAUGGCGAGGUUGAACGACAAGCUGCCGCGGUUGCCGGUGGCCGGGGUCCCCGAGAAGCGGGAUGUGCGCCUGCCGAAGGAAAAGGGGAAGAUGGCGGUCAAUCUGAGCAAGGCGGAUGCCGCGGCUCUGGAUGAGCUUGACCGGCUGGUCCCACAGCAUGGAGCCGCUCACGCCGAUGUGAACUCCCCGAUGCAGCUACACACAGGAUUAUUCUCCAGUGUGAAGAAUUAUGGUUCCGAACUGAUUGUUCACAGUUGA